CUUCUGAGAAAACGAAAGCCAUUCGAAGCUUUUAAAUUUUAAAUCUCUGGUUUCGCUCUCGUUUGCUACUCCGUCGGCGCUUGUUGUUGCUGCUGCUCCGGCAUUGCGUUUGUCAAGCGGCCGUUCCUGCCGUCGCCCGGUGCUCUCGCUCGCUCGCUGCUCCUGUCGCUUCCUCUGUCUCUGCUUCGGCGCUCGCUCUUUGCUCCGUUGCUCGCUCUGUCUCUGCUCCGGCGCCGCUUUCCUUCUUGCAUUAAUCUGCUAGGGCAGCCGAGAUUUGAAAUUUCCCAUUUCUGCAACCGCCUGCAGAGCAACGUCGACGACCUCCAGCAAUCCAUCGAUCGCCGUCCCAUCCCUCUCGAUUCAGCUUCUUCGACCUUCAUUCAGUGCCUGAACCGACGCGUGUUGACUGCGAGCGGCAAUCUCAAUUUGCUCGACUCCAUGUCAUUUUGGGACCGUGUCGUUUGAGGAGCUGUUAGGUCACUGCAACGAGGUUUCCAAGAAAACCAGAGUGACCUCGCCCAGCUCGAGGAACGUCUUAAGAGCUUUGGCUACGUCCCCGAUGUUGAUGAUGUUGAAGAAGAUAUAGUUGAUGACUUAUCGAGCCCUCUCGAACUUUAUCCUAAUUUCCACUAUCAAAUGAUGGAUUUGACCAGCCAUCUUCAUGUUCAGGGCGACUUACUGCAGUCAGUGGUUUCUAUGAUGAAGAGUUUUGAAGUUCAUUCUUUGUCAACCCCUCUCGAGUUGUUAGUCUCUGCAACAAGGUUUUCAAGAAGCGAGAGUCCUGGCAAAAGCUUGCAGUGCUCAUCCGGCAGCAUUCAACCAUCAGAACUCCUCUCCUUUGCAAAAUCUCAGGUGGACUAUAUCCUGGGAGACAACCCCAGAGCCACGAGCUACAUGGUUGGGUACAGGAACAACUACCCAAGGCAGGUCCAUCACUGGGCGACUUCCAUCGUGUCCAUCAAGGAGGAUUCAUCCUUCAUCAGCUGCUGAGGCAGUUACGCCGCCUGGUUUAGCCGGAAAGCAAGUGAACCCAAUCUCCUCACUAGUGCUAUCAUCAGUGGCCCCGAUACAUAUGAUAACUUUGCUGAUCAAAGAGACAA